GUCAAAUAGAAAAUGAAGGCGACACACGGCGUGGCGUGAAACGAGUUCAUUCAUCUUUUCCUCUUGCCGCUGUGACGAGUCACAUAAGUUCGGGCUCGAGCCGACGCCUCGUCACUGUGAAUAAAUAGUUUAACUGAGGACAUUCCGUAUUCAUAAUUGAAAUUAGUGUCAUAAAGGUAGCACGCCUCACCGCCCUUCGUAAUAUUGUCAUAUUUAGUCAUCUGUGAUAUAACGAUACAGCGGUAUCCUGUUUAUACAUUUUAGGUUAAAAUUCUCAUGUGAUGAUCAGUGUAAUAUUUCGGAAAGUAUAAGAACUGUGGACGCUCGUGCUCGUGACCGGUAUUCGGAAUAAACUCAUUGAAAAAUGGAGUCUCCGGUGAUGGCUUACGCUUACGAUAUAACACCGAAUUACUCGUAUAUUUUCGACUUCGAAAGCGAAUUUAUCCAUACCAACUAUAGGAAAUGGAUGACAGAAAAUUGGACUGUGGCGUUUUACUACGUGGGGGUGUACAUGGCGUUCAUUUUCGGCGGUCAAUAUUACAUGCAGAACCGACCCAGAUUCGAACUGCGACGGACUCUUAUGAUAUGGAACUGUUCGUUAGCAGCUUUUAGUAUCAUGGGCGCCUGCCGGACGCUGCCCGAAUUCAUCCACGUGUUACGGAAUUACGGGAUCUAUCACUCUAUUUGUGUGCCAAGUUUCAUCGAACAAGACAAAGUGUCCGGUUUCUGGACAUGGAUGUUCGUGUUAUCGAAACUGCCGGAACUAGGCGACACGGUGUUCAUCGUGCUCCGCAAGAAGCCCCUCAUCUUCCUGCACUGGUAUCACCACAUUACCGUCCUCCUGUACACCUGGUACUCGUUCACGGAGUACACGUCGUCCGCGCGCUGGUUCGUCGUCAUGAACUAUUGUGUUCAUAGUGUGAUGUACUCGUACUACGCGUUGGUGAGCAUGGGCCGCUACCCGCCCAAGAUGCUGGCCAUGACCAUCACGGUCCUGCAGCUGUCACAGAUGAUCGUGGGCUGCGCCAUCAACAUCUGGGCGCACAACUACAUGGCCGCCGCCGCGCCGCACUCCUGCCACAUCAGCCAGAUCAACAUCAAGCUCUCCAUGGCCAUGUACUUCUCGUACUUCGUCCUGUUCGCACAGUUCUUCUACAAAGCCUACCUCUCCCCCAAGUCCAACAAGAAGGUCAAGUCCGAGCCGCUGCCGGACGUGCCCAUCGCCAAGAAGGUCAACUACAAUGGUUACCCGCGACAAAGGAACGGCGUCGUCGGUGUCGCUCACUAGUCGACGUCACCUUGUGAUAUGAACUAGUUAUAUUGUACAGGUUAUGGCUGUUAUUUAUUUGGUCACGAUUGGGCUUCAUCGUCGGACGGAUGUGUACUCAGUCGCCAUUCAUACAUCGAGAAUGGGAAGACGAUACCUUCGGUAUUGAGUACCCAGUGCUUGUUACACCAGCAAUAGUGACGUCAUAAUCAUUGUAACACAUUUAAAUCACAUUUUCAGACAUACGAAUUUAUUACGAGUAAUGCAUAAUAUAGUGGGUGUAGGUCCGUGGUGAGGUCCAAUCGUGGUCAAACGACUCUGGAGGCGUCGCCGUGAGUUACAUUCCACGCUAGAUCGACUGUUUGCUUGCGGCCGGUGCAUGGCUACUGUGGCACUGCGAAACAUGGCGACUGUACGAACAAUAUAUUCAAUAUUACUUUAAAAUUUAUCGUUUAUAGGAUCAUAGUACAAAACUGCAAAUAAUUCGUGCUAACAGAAAAGGAAGUAAUAUCGACUGACUUACUACACUUUUUAAGUCAAACCUUUAAAUGCACCUACGAAAUCAAUUCAACCCUUUUUUUAAACUCGGACUUUCAUCAGAAUAUCUAAAUCUAAAUAUUAUUUAUUUUGCUUGGGAUACAGUCGUCAUAUUUCGUGAGCGCUAGUUUAAAAGCGACGACGUUCUCAUGGUGUCAAACAUGCUUUUAUAUGGGAUCUGUGUACCAAUGAUUUAGGUUGUGUGUAAGAUAGACUGCAUCGAUUUCAUACGAUUGUAGACCAACGACAAUACUAGAAUCGUCUGUGAGAUAUUUUAUUUAUUAAUACCGCACAAGCGAUUCUUAUACUGUAUUGCCUACAAGUACAUUGUAAAUAAUUAUACUCUUUCUAUUUAUUUAUUUUUAAUGGUUGAACUGCAUUGGAUUUUGGACCUCGAUUUUACGUUAAAAUAACUGAAAUGUUAAAUCUUGGUUUGAUAUCUAUAGAUGCAAAUACAUAUACCUGAAUUGUGUAGCAUUUUUUUUUUCAUAAUGACAAAUAUACAAUGUAUAGAAAAGGAUUUGUUAAGUAUUAUUAAUAUUAAUCAUUUCGAGUUAUUGUUUUUUAUUUAACACGGUAGUUGAACAUUCGAUGCAGUCGGGUCGCGCUUGUUUGAUUGCAGUCGGCAAAAUAUAUUUUAGUACUAUUAUUAAUUAUUAGAAGAAUGAGCCAUUGUGUGGAGUUACAAAUAGUACAUGUAUGUGACAAAUUAUUAUACACAGGGUCUCUCAUAUAAGUGAAUGAAGAAUUUAUGUUUCAAGUAGUUGAAGUCCUCGAUUUGGUUUUAUUGGUGAUCUGCUUCUAAGGGACCCUGAAUAAUUAUAAGAUGUUUUAAAUUGUUCAAAUCAUAUGAUUGUUAUGAAAAAUACAUUCCCAGUAUAAAACGUGUGAGAAUUAUAAUUUAAGAGAUUCGUACAAAUGUUUAGUUAACUAAUGGAGGUUAUGUUCACAUUGUCCUAAAUGAUUGUUUCAAGUCCUGUAUAAAAGCUCUACUUUGUUGUUAUUGUGUCGUAUUUAUUACUUAAUGAAAAAAACUUAGUGAUUUUUUUUAAUAAUUUAUUUUUAAUGGAAUAGUUUACACUUUGUAAAUGUUAAAAUAUGUUUUGCGCUUCAUGUGAACCGUUCGAGUGCGGUGAGUAGGUGUAAUACUUUGAUAUGCUUGUCAAACAAGUGCACAAAGUGUAAUUAUGUAAUUCCUAAUAGUGGAAUAAGCAAUAUUAAUGAAACGUUUCAGUUAAAUUGACAGUUUAGGCGCGUAUAGUGUGUACAUUGAACAAAAGUAAUAUUAAUCCGGCACACGUUCUCUUGUAAACGUCUCGGCGACGUUUAGCGGAGAAUAUGUGCCAGCAACAUAACGCGCCACGGAUACACGGGCGGAAGAAAGUUCAAAGCAACGCUCACUCUCAGUAACGUGAACAUGUGCGUUAACGUUACUGCGUGAAAGCUUAACAACCGACGGCAUUUAUGUAACGUAAACGCGGUCGUUGUGAACAUAUAGACUUAAUUAGGUAUAGCGGCGCUAAUAUUGGACUCAUACAAAUUAUUAUAUAAGGCGUCUAUCCAAUGUCCAAUCGCGUUCACGAUUAUCUAAUGCCGACAGUACGUCGGCCGUCACAACGAAGUGAUGAAUAUUAAAUUAAACUCGUCUUAUCCGUUAAUUAAAGUACACGAAAGCUUCGGAUAAACGACGGAACGCUGAAUACCGAUAUUCUAACUUUACUAUUAUUAAAACUAGUAUACAUUGCCCCGUAACUGUCCGCUAAUUGGCCUUUAUAUGGUAAAAGGUCCGCGUUUAGACUAUCGCUCGUGCAUAUUUGAUACUAGAUAAGAGUGUCCAUUUUUUUAUCGCUCAUGUUUAAGGCAUCACAAUAAGGUUAUACAGAAUUUAAUGAGGUUUACAAGACUCCCGAGGCGAUUAAAAAAAUGUGGCUUUUGUUGAGAAUACGAAGUGAGAUGGUCGCGGUACGGCCGCCGCCCUACGAGUCAGUGUGCAAAUUAGCAUAGUUUUAGCGAAGGUCAAUUUCGUCUAGUACCGUUUAUAGAAGUCACAAUUUUAAUAUAGGCUAUUUCAAAUAGGCUGUUAUAUUUUGUCCAGUUCAUUGCUUUGUCAUUAACAAUGGUGAGUUUUAGAGAUACUUGUAGUAUUAAUCGACUCAUAAGGUGGGGAAUGACCUAGUUGUAAUUGGGAUCGGGGAUUAGGUACUUAGUGCGAACUAAAACAAUGCAGUUGAGCUAUCUAGCCUUUAUUUACGCCAUCCGAACGAAAGUACAUCGCAAACAGUUUAUUUGUAUUUAUUAUUGUUUUUUUUGUAACACCAUUUUUUUAUUUAUUUUCUUUUGAUGUUUCUUUAUAUAUCAUGUCGACUUUAAAUUUAAUACUUGUUUAGGUAUUUAAUUUGUUUUCUAAACGAAAAGCAACCUCGCUUGAUGUUGUCUUUUGAUUGCGACUGCGGUAUUAAACUCUUAAUGACAUGUGACGUCACUGGUUUUGUAUAUCAAUCAAUAUGAGUUCGAUACAACAAGCGUAAUCAACAGACUUUUAAUUGCAACGAAUGCAAUGUUUUAUCAUAAUUUGUUUUAAAAAAGCACUUUUGUAUUAUUCUAUUUCGUAAAUGUCUUAUUUCGUCGUGUACCUACAAAACGCAUACGUGACCUUAUCUAAACCUGACUUGUUUCUGAGAAAUGAUUCAGGAUCAAUCAUUGUUAAUCAAAUGUAAUCACUAACGCAUUUAUUAUUUGUUAUGUAAUAUAUUUUGUCGCAUUUACAAAGAAAACUGUUGUUGUAAAUGUUCUCAGUAGAACUAAUUAGCGGUUACAGUUCCAUAUUCAAUAAAAAUAUUUUAAUAAAUAUAUUUUGUGAAGGAUGUUUUGUGGUUACAACAUGUGCAGAACAAGAUGAAGAUUAUGAUAUAGCGACAGAGCAUUGUAAUCUACAACCUAAAGUGGAAAUAUUCUUGCAAUCAUUAAUUUGUAUUUUCUGGGCAAAUAAAGAGUUAUGCGUAAUCA